AAUGGGUGGAGAUGACAGAAAGGAGAAACCAAUGAGGGCAUUGUUAGAGUUGGGGGUGGAAAGGCAUUUUUCACUGAAAAGAGAAUUUUACAAGACGGUGCAAAUUCUUGUGGGAGAAAAAAACUAAAUCAACCAGUGGAAGACAAGUGUCUGCAAUAAUGUCAGGGUCAAGGGGGACUAAUGUGGAGAAGUCAAAAGCUCCAGCCUAUACAGGGAGAUUUUCAGUCCCAAGAAAUGCAUCAAAUGCAGAAGAAGAUGAAAUCCCCCUCAUGGAAACUUUUGGGAUUGUCCCAAGAACUUUCAACAAGAAAGAUUACCUGGAAGUUCAGAACGUAGAGCUGUUCAAGCAGCAACAUGAAAAAAAUAAGAAAGAACAUCACACGGAUAGAUACUUUAACAACAAACUCAUCAUACGGCGUGGACAGACCUUCAAUGUUAGAAUUGACUUUAAUCGUCCAUAUAAUCCAGAGAAAGAUCAGUUUUGGCUGGAAUAUCUUAUUGGCCGUACCCCGCAACAAAGCAAAGGCACAUAUAUACCGAUUGCUAUCACGGAAGAACUGGAAGAAGGAAAGUGGGGAGCCAAAAUUAUACUCAAUGAUUACAACUCUGUCACUUUAUCGAUAACGUCUGCUCCAAACUGCAUCAUAGGCAAAUUCCGUAUGUAUAUUGCUGUGUUAACACCUCACGGAAUACUAAGGACACCCCGAAUGUCCAACACAGAUACCUAUAUUCUCUUCAACCCAUGGUGCAAAGACGAUGCAGUUUACAUGGAUGACGAAAAAGAGAUAGAAGAAUAUGUCAUGAAUGAUAUUGGUGUGAUUUUUCAUGGAGAAGUAAACAAUAUAAAGACAAGAAGCUGGGAGUAUGGGCAGUUUGAAGAGCAGAUACUUGAUGCUUGUCUUUUUUUAAUGGACAAAGCUCAAUUGGAUCUUUCUGGAAGAGGAAAUCCUGUAAAGAUCAGCCGGAUUGGAUCCGCAGUGAUAAAUGGCAAAGAUGAUGAUGGUGUGCUGGCAGGAAACUGGACUAAUGAUUAUAGUUAUGGAGUAUCGCCAUCUGCUUGGACUGGAAGUAUAGAGAUCUUGCUAGAAUACUAUAGUUCUAAGAUACCAGUAAAAUAUGGCCAGUGCUGGGUCUUCGCUGGUGUAUUUACAACAUUCCUGCGAUGUCUUGGAAUUCCUGCACGGCUUGUUACCAAUUAUUUUUCUGCCCAUGACAAGGAUGCCAAUCUGCAAAGUGAUGUCUAUCUAGAUGAAGAUGGUAAAACUAACACCACACUUACAAAGGACAGCAUCUGGAAUUAUCACUGCUGGAAUGAGGCCUGGAUGACCCGACCAGAUCUCCCAGUUGGAUUUGGAGGAUGGCAGGCUGUAGAUUCCACACCUCAGGAGAACAGUGACGGAAUGUACAGAUGUGGCCCUGCCUCCGUCCAGGCUAUUAAGCAUGGUCAUGUUUGUUUCCAGUAUGAUACACCUUUCCUUUUUGCAGAGGUGAACAGUGACAUUGUAUAUUCCAAGGUAAUGAAAGAUGGAACAAGAGAGGUUCAGUAUAUUGACAAAACUCAUGUGGGACAGAAAUUAUUAACUAAGGAAAUAGGAGGAAAUGGCCCACUUGAUAUAACUGAUCUAUACAAGUUUUCAGAAGGUACUGAAGAAGAAAGACUGGCUCUUGAGGCUGCACUCAUGUAUGGUGUCAAAAAAGAAUUUCGAGAUGAGGAACAGUUUUUAUCUAGUUGUGACACUACAAUGGAAUUUCAAGAAGAUAACGCUGUAUUUGGCAGUGACUUCAAAGUCACUUUAACAUUCAAGAACCAAAGUUCUAAUCGUUAUACAGCAUCCGCCUUCCUAACAGGACAUGUUGUGUUUUAUACUGGAGUCUUCAAAUCAGAAUUCAAGAAUAAGACUAUCCAAGUGACUAUGGACCCAUUAUCUACUAAAACUGUGGAUGUUCAAAUAAAGGCCGGGGAGUACAUGACCAAUAUCGUGGAGCAGGCAUCUCUACAUUUUUUCGUCACGGCUCGCAUUAAUGAAACCAAGAAGAUAAUGGCCAAACAGAAUAUUGUAGUAUUGCAGGUUCCAGAACUCCGCAUUAAGACAAUUGGAGAGAAGAUGGUCGGAAAAGAAAUGACAGUGGUUUUAGAGUUCACUAAUCCACUGAAGAAAAAACUCCAGAACGUCAUUUUACGUAUUGGAGGUCCAAGUCUUAUGAAAACAAAAACUCAGAUUUACAGAGAAGUCCCUGCAAAUACAACUGUGACUUGGGAGGAGACCUGUACUCCAAAGCUAGCAGGCAAGAGGAAACUUAUUGCAACUCUUGACUCAGAGACUCUUCGACAUGUGUAUGGAGAGCUGGACUUGGAGAUCUUAGCUAGAGACAAUUAGUAAAGGCUUUCUGUGUUUUCAGGUAUUAUUCAUAUCUAUAUACUAAAAUAUUAUUAGUAAGUAAAUAGGUAUAUACAUAAGUCAUAUAUACAGUCACGUAUUCCAACAGGGGUCAGAAAUGACCGAAUUUUUGCAUACCGCCAUUGUUUUGUGCCAGUAUCGAGUAAACUCAUUAUUGGUUAAUUGUUGUUCAACCUUUUUUUUUACUUUUACAUUAUAACUACAACAAUUAUUUCAGUGCCGAUGACAAAUAUGCAAUGAAUGCUACUAUUUUGCACGCACAAACCUUGGACCUGAUCUAUAGAAGAAACAUUAGUUUGUUUUUUAGCUUCCUCUCUAGUGCACCUCCGGUCAGUGCAGACAACAGAAUAAUCCGAUAUAGACAAGUACCAUUUUUUUAAGUCUUUUGGCAAUGUUUAAGAUUAUUAGAAAUCAGAAACAUUUAAUUUUCUAUAUGUAAAAUGUUUAUCCUUUUUUCUAUUGCGCACAAAAAAAAGAAAAGUGACAGGUCCGCUCUAAAUCAUUUCUCUAAACUGGCUUUUGUAUGGAAUAAAUGGAACAUAGAAUUUUUCAAUAUUCAAGAUUUUGAGAAAAAAAAAACACAUGAAAGUCAAAAGGAGUCCAGAUAUACCAGAGAUAUUCAGAGUGGGAUUUAUAUGCCAGGGGGACAUAAAUGCUGAGAAGUAAAUAUAAAGGUGAUAAACCUCUUGCUCUGAGUCCCACUAUGUCUGUACUUUCCUCCAUGUUUUAAUACAAAUGACAAAUACUAGAAUUGUUUACAUGCUAUAGCAUCAUUUUGUCAGUGUAUAUGCAUCUAACAAUCUCAUUUGUGAUAGAUUUGUUAUUCUUCACUCUAUAACCUGAAAGUGGUUUUCCAGGUUCUUCCAGAUAUUGAUAACCUUUCCUCAGGAUAGAUCAAUAUCAGAUUGGUGGGGCUCUGAUACCCCCAAGAUCAGCUGUUCCCUGGAGCUGGAAGCAUAGCUCCAUUCAGAGUGUAGUGGCCGUGCCUGGGUACUGCAGCUCAGCUCUCAUACAAAUAAUAGGUCAUCUAUAUCUAAAACUUGGAGAACCACUUUAAUCAUUCUCUUGACUAUACUAUGCAUACUUUAUGAUGAAAACCUUUUUAUUUGCUUUUAACUUUUUGUAAUAUUUUCAAUAUUGGUAAUAAAGCACAUUUCAAUAAAAAAAUAAAAAAAUAA